AUGGACAACAGUGCCCAGUGCGUCCCAGACUUGCGCCUACUCAGUGCUGAUGCUGACACACCACCUGCCUGUCACGAGAAAGAGCAGGUGGACAAAAUGUCUUUGCUGAUGCAGGACUUCACUGGAAAUAUACCCGAGAUAAAAGAUCCAGACGAGAAUCAAAACUUUGGGUACCAGUGUAUUACGGAGACUAAUGGACCACUUGUUGAAAUGGACAAUGUCGUGAUGGGUCUUAGAUUUUAUAAUGGUAGCCAACCAAGGAAUGACUCAGUAAAUGCAAAUGUUGAUCAAAAGCAUGGUUCAUUAAUACAUUGUAAUUCCCCACAAACCAACAAAGAGCAGCACUGUUCCAUAGAGCGCGAUGCGGUAGAGGAGAAUUACCGCGCACAGGCUGACGUGGCGCACAACCUGGGAUAUUCCCUCUGCUGCCUGGAUGACGAAACGCAAGCACAGAGCACCCCUCUCGUGUGUGAAGUCAGCGGAGGAGCUGUGAAAUAUCACUGUCUGAUUGAUAAAGCGAGUUCCCAGGUGGGGCAUAGGGAGGGGAGCUCUGCGCCUGUCACCUAUUGUAUCACUGCAGAAGCACUGCAAGUACAUCAGCGCGGACAGCCAGGCAGUGCGGGACAGACGGCUGUGUGGAGAGAAAGCGACGCAGACGCUACACAGGGAAACCCAGCACUGCAGUCGAGGCAGGAAGGAUGGGGAUGUGGAAACAUAGUCUUUGCUUCUAAAGAGGAGACGGAUUUAGUGAUUGAAGUGUCUGGAAAGAAACUUGAAGCGCAUAAAGCCGUUUUGGCUGAGAAAAGUGACUAUUUCAAGGCGCGGCAGUCCCGAGACGUAUUGCGAGUGAAGGGGGUGAGUUUUAAGACUUUGACCAUUUUAGUGGAUUACAUUUACUCAUGCCGAAUGGAGGUUAGUAAGGAUAAUAUUGUAGAGGUCAUCACCGGGGCUAAAAUAUUACAAAUCCCCUGCGCGGUUCAAGCUGCUGUCGAUACAAUGUCGGAGCAGAUUACCGCGGAGAACUGCUAUGAGAUUUUGACAAUAGCCAAAAGGCAACGUCUCAGCGAGUUGAAGGAGAAAGCCUACAAGUACAUGAGUGACAAUUUCUUGCAAAUACUGCGGGAUCCCGAUGUCUAUGGGCGUUUGACCGGAGGGGAGAGAGAACUCAUUCUCACCAGGAGAAUGGAGGGAAAGAGGGUGUUGAUGGUGGCUGAAAUCAACGAGGUGUAUGACUGCGUCGGGAGCAGACCUCCAAGUCGUGAGAACAGUCGCCCUCAGAGCCCUCUAUCCAUGGUGUCCCUGAAGGAGAAUCGUAUGAUCUACUAUUACAACAAGGAGACAAAGGACUGGAAAGUGCUGACGAAGAUGCCAGAUGAAAUCAACACAAAGGGCUCUGGGAUAUGCACCAUGUACAAUUACCUAUUCGUGGCAGGUGGAAUCAAAAGGCAGGACGACAAAGGCAAGGUCUCGGACAAAGUGUUCUGCUACAACCCUCUCACUGACAGCUGGAGCGAAAUUCGACCGCUCACCGAGGGUCGGUCUCAGCUCAAGCUGGUGUCUAUGGACGGCUACCUGUUUGCAAUUGGAGGGGAAUGUCUCUUCACGGUGGAGAAAUAUGACCCUCGCAUGGAUAGAUGGCGCCCCGUGGCUCCACUACCAAAAGGAGCGUUUGCUAUUGCGCACGAGGCAACAACCUGUAAUGGAGAGAUGUUCGUGUCCGGAGGCUCUCUAUUUUAUCGUCUGCUAAGAUAUGACACUAGAAGAGACGACUGGGAGGAAUGCCCGUUCAAUAACAGCAGAAAGAAAUCCACGGACAUGGUGGCAUUCAAAAACUUCAUCUACAGGUUUGACGUCAACCGUGACUACGGCGUCAACGUGUUCAAAUACAACACUGUGGUAAAAAUAUGGCACAACAGUGCAUCCCUGGAGCAGACCAACCCCUUGCCCUUUCGCUGUGCUGUCAUUGGCAACACCAUUUACUGUGUGAACAAGGCCCAAACAUUGCAGUUUGUUGUGGAAGAGGAGAAUGAACAGUUUUUGCCUGAGGCACAGGCACUCAAAGCACCUAUAGAGGCUAAAGGUGCCCUUGUCCCAUUUGUCCUGGCUCUGCCAAAGACAGCCUGA